UCGGACACAACCAUUUAUCUGAGCAAUGACAACUACGUGGUCAAAUGAAGAGUCGGUUUUGCUUCUUACAAGGGCUCAAGCUACAGCCCUGUCCUGGCACUAAGAGCCGCCCGUAUUCCUAGCUGAUAGCAAAACCCCGGUCAAGUGAGCGAUUAUCACUUUGCCUUGAUGUGCUCAUGAUCAUCCAUCCUUCUGUGAUGACGUCCAGCGACACUCCCAACUUCCGCGAACAUCGCCCUUGGCUGCAGUCUGCCAUAGCGGAUUCAUCACAAGCUUAUCAUAAAUGGGCUCGUGCCCCCGUAUAUUGCGAUGGCAGCCCCCUUCUCAGGUUGUUCUCUAAUGCCGAGCACUACUUCAAGAUUCACCCAAGGCACUUACGCCCUAGGCUCGCCCAUGUGGGCCCCCGCACAGAUCUCCACCACCACCGAGUUCGAAACGAACAGAGCUUUGGAUGCAACUCCCGAUAGCUUCUCUUCCGCUUCUCUUGCGAUUGUCAAAUCAGGCAGCGAAAUUGUUGCUUGGCACAUCAACAGAGUUCGACCAACUCAGUCAUCCCGAGGCGUGCUGCUGGGUGGAGUCGUCCUCGAUUCAACUAGCCCUCCAGAUGCACCCACGACGUCGAGGGCUAGUAUAUCCGAGAAAGCUCGUAUUUUCUAUGCCACGAUGACAUCAGACGGCGAAACUGUUGUAGUGACUGCAUUCGUCCCCUCAAGCACCCUCCCUCCAGCUAUCCCGCAGGACGCACCCGCACCAUUGGACACUACCAGAAUCACUCAGAGGACCGUUGGGGUUACUCUGGGGGCCCUACUCUUCAUGGGUCUUGGGUGUCUGUUGUGGCGGUGCCGCCGACGCCGACGCCGGCAAAGGUGGAACCAGUGCUUGACUGCCAGAAGCGACACGCGGCAUAUUAUACGUCGAGUAUCGGGAACCAAGACGUUCACCGAAGAUGCAUCACCUAUGGACUUAGAGUCGCACUCGGGGGCAGAUCUAGAGCUAGCCGAGUCGCCUGCCCUCCAAACGGCGACCGACGCAAAGAUCUCGCAUCCGCCGAAUGCCAAUCUCGUGGUUGACGAGAACUGCCCAGAUAAUCGCAACGCUGGACUUGGUCUCCCGGAUAACGUCUUGCCGCUCCAUACGACGGUCACAGAAGACGUUUGGUCGGGACCAAUACGUAGCACAGCGCAGGAUGCCCCUUCCGUGGCAUACGCCACUUUUCUGCCUCAUACACGGUCGUCCAUAACCCCUCCGCCGAGCUUCCGAACACAUCCGAGCGCGGCAAGUGUCCGUACGUCGUACGACCAGCACGUCGAUUCCGGAUUCCGCUUUCAUCCAGGUGGCGAAUCACAGGCUCCGGAACCUCGUCGUCGCGUUGUCGACCUACCGCCUGCAUACACGGAGGAUUAAUCACGGAAACAGGAAGAGCGAUAAGAGCCUACUGACUGACAGAUAUGCGAUACUACUAACAUCGUCG